UGAUUGUCUGAUUGUGCCCUUUCUUUUGCUUUCACUGUGACAUCUUGCAACUUGUUGAUUCUCACAUUGAAAUUUAUUCAAUAACUCACUUAUUGAAGUUGGUGCGUUGGUGUGCUCUGAUCAAUAAGUGUACCCAUUCUGUAUUCAAACUAGACGACAGAGAAAAAUAUAUUCUUUAUUACACUGUACCCGUAUCCAUACUUUCAAGGCAAUUUUGCUACAUUGUUUAUACUGUAGAAGGAAUUAUACUACUGCUGUUAAAAGAAAAGUAUUAAAUCAUUAUGAGACUUCAAGGAUUCGUGUAGAUAGACCCGCAUUUUCAAUAUUUAUCUGAUCCUUGAGGGGGGCCUAGGACCCCCCUGCCCCCCUAAAUGGCGUCCCUGUUCAACUUUAUUAUACUUUUCAAAGUUUUUGUAUUCUACUCAUUUCCAUUGACAACAUGCUCACAUAUCCAAUCUUCCAGGAACUCUAUCCUAUAUAAAUAUGCCUCUACAUCCCCAUAUUCUAAGAAAAGGGUAUUUCUAUGUUAGAGAAGCACAUACUGAAAUGAGCUUAUAACAAUCAGGUAGUUUUGAGGGAAUAUGAAAAAGAUAGACUCAAUUGUCUCAACGGUCUAUUGCUGGUUUUCAAAUAAAAGGUGGAGGUGAGUAGAUGUGACAAGUGACAUGUCCGUUACUGAAAAGAUCGAUUUUGGGAUUCCCAGUCAAAAAAGUUACCUGAUUGGUUGAGUCCUAACCAAGAUAUGCUUUACAUGAGAAAGACAGUGAUGAUUGAAACAGUUUCUCUGUGACUCGCAAUCAUUUAGGAUGAACAUACAGAGAGUGCAAGCAAAGUUUUCUGCUUUCAAAUGGGUGACAGAUGACGGGGAAGUGUAUAAAUAUAAGAGGACUUUGAAAAAAAAUGAGGGUAAGUAUGUAUACAUGUUGUGCGUUAAUCAAGAACAUUGCAAAGGUUCAUGUAUAGUUUCUUUUGAUGAGCCAUCUAAUGGUGAAAGUGUGCGCGGGCUUGUAGAGAAGAAACAACACACCUUCGAGAACUGUCGCGAUCCAACUUUUCUGGAGCGAGAGGAAUUACGUACUAAAAUUUUGGAAAGAGCGGCUACAGAAAAUACAGCAAACUCAGUGAUAUUUCAACAAGAAAUAAGCAGAGCUCCACUGUCAGUGAGGGAUACUCUCAAUUUUAAAGAAAUUGAGCGCUCUAUGCAGAGAGCCCACAACAAACAAAAUCCUCAAGCGCCAAACACAUUGGCUGAGAUGGGUGCUGCAAUAGAUUUAUGGAAGGACAAAUUUGGUCUUUUGGGUGACAAGGUAUUCUAUCUAGGGAAAUUCGGUGAUGAGGAUGACGAAUGUUUAGUGGCUGUUAAUCCCAUCGGACACCACCAAGAUUUCCAGAACACAAACUGGCACAUGGACGGCACAUUCAAAUGCCGUCCGAAAUCGCCAGAAUUUGCCCAAUUAUAUGUUAUAAUGGCAACAUCGCAUGGCAGAGCAUUUCCAAUUGUUUGGGCGUUGAUGAAGACACGAUCAUCAAAGGCAUAUGAUGUUCUUUUGGGAGAAGUGAAAAAUCAUUUCCCAAAUAUGAGACCGAAGGUCAUAAUCAGCGAUUAUGAAAAGGCAAUAAAGAAGCCUUUGAGAGAUAGAUUCCCAGAAAGUGAACACCGAGGCUGCUGGUUUCACUUCACUCAAGCUAUUGAGCGCAAUGCGCGUAAAAUAGGGAUAAGAAAACCUCCCAUGAAUGAAGAUGAUGACGGAUGGAGGGUGGCGAAACAGUUAAUGGCCACAGCUCUUCUACCUGCUGGUAAAGUUGAGGAGGCAGUCGGAGUAAUCGAGGGAUUCGCCGAGAACUAUAUUGAUAGUGCAAAACCAAAAAAACUGAUAGAAUACUUCAAGAGAGAGUGGUUGGUGAGGGUUACUCCUGAGUCGUUCUCAGUUCACGGCCAAGCUAACCGAACAAAUAAUGCACAAGAAUCCUUGAAUCGGUGUAUAAAUCGAGCAAUCAGGCCGCAAGGAAGUGCCUGGGACUUUUGGAGUGGGCUGAUGCAAAUCACUACAAAAGAAAUGAAUUUUUUCAAUCAAUUGAGUGAAGGGCGUGAGUUCGCCAGAAAGAAGAAAAGUGGCUGCUACAAGACGGCAACAUCGUCAACCUGCAAACCAAACUCAGCAACGGUGUUAUCACCGUUGCCGAAUUUCUCUCGGCUGCCAGUUUUAGGAUUGGUGAUACUGCCGUUGUGCAGGGGGCGGAUGAUGUGGAACUUGCACCAAUUCAAAAGAAUGUAUUCUAAGUUAUUUAUUUUGUUGUCCAAGUUGUUUUAGGUAGUUUAUAAUCUCUCAAUUAUUUUUCAUUCCAUAUAUAUUAUAAUAAAUUACUUUAAAAAUGAA